AUGUCAGGAAAAAGAAAGAAUCCCGAGGAAGCAGCUCUAUUUUUCUUACCAUCGAAUGGAAAACACGCGGGAAAGGAAAUUGCAGAACUCUUCAAGAACGCUUUUGCAGAACAUGAUUUGAAUGAGAAAAUUGCUGGUAUUACAGUGGAUAAUGCCUCUGCAAAUACAACGUUUAUGAGAGAAUUGUCGCAUUUAAUACCGAAUUUCGACUGCAUUGAUCAACACUUCAGGUGCUACGCUCACGUUUUAAAUUUAAGCGUUCAGGACAUGUUGAAAGUAUUGAAAAUAGAUUCAAUUAAGAACAUAGAAGGAAAAGAUGAUUUUGAAGACAAUGAAGAUGCAGAGGAGGAAGCAAGAAAAGAGAUAAUAGAAGAAGACGAUGAAAAUGCAACAGAUGAGACAAAUCUUGAAUUCCCACUAUUUAGACUUCGAAAAUUAUUUAAUAUACUUAAGUAUUCUGAGCAGUGUAAAGAAAAAUUAACAAGAUGCUGUGACAUUGUUGAAGAGAGAAUGCUACAACCUUCUAUGGACGUUUCCACACGUUGGAAUUCAACGUACGAUAUGAUCGCAACUGGAACAAAGAUGCAACGUGCCAUAAGUUUACUUUGUCAAAAUAAUUUAAAGUUGAGAAAGUAUUUUUUAUCUGAGUAUGACUGGGAACUGUUGAAAAAUGUCAACGAAUAUUUGGUUCAUUUCAAAAUUCUUUCUCAAGCACUUUCUGGUGAGAAGUAUAUUACACUUCCUUUGGUAGUAAUCGGCUUAAAUAUGCUUGUUGAUCGAAUUGAAGAGUCAAUUAAAGAGUUGAUAGAAAAAAUGGACCAGAGUGAAAUCGAUGCAGUCAUAGUAAAAGCUUUAAAAGCUGCAAGGGCAAAGCUGAUGAAACAUUACGAGAAAAGUAAUUAG